AUGGAUGGAGUGGACGUGACCUUUCAUGUCGCCGGACGGAUGUUCUCGGCCCAUAGGCUCAUUCUCGCCGCGAGGUCACCUGUUUUCAGGGCGGAGCUCCUUGGAGCCAUGAAGGAGAAAGCCGGCGGUCCAAUUGAAAUCCAUGACAUGGAAGCUAAUGUGUUCAAGUGUUUGCUCCAUUUCAUAUACACCGACUCACUGCCUGAUCUUCAAAUGGCUAGCAACCAAGGUGAAGCACAUCUAGAUGUGAUGAUGGCUAGCCACCUACUCGUGGCAGCAGACAGGUACAAUAUCGAGAGGCUGAAACUGAUAUGCAAGCACAAGUUAUGCAGCCACAUUGAUGCCGACAUGGCGGCGACCAGUUUGGCGUUAGCUGAGCAGCAUUGCUGCAAUGGACUCAAGGAAGCCUGUCUACAGUUCCUUGCUUCUCCUUCCAAUUUGGAGGCGGUGAUGACAAGUGAUGGCUACAAGCAUCUCAAAAGCAGUUGCCCAUCUGCCCUAAAGGAGUUGAUUGCUAGGCUCCUGCCGCCUAACAUGAAAGCUGCCAAGGAUAUUGUCAUGGCACUUUAG